CACUCUUUAUAUAACAAAACGAUAAUUACCAAUUUUUUCUCGAUUCUAAAACUAACUUAAACUCAAUUUAUCUUUUUAUAUGCAUGCACAGUGUUAUUGCAUAUGCUAUUUUCGCAAUUUAAGGUCCUAUAUUUCUCUGCGCCAGCAGAUAUACAUCAAACUGUUAAUUAUUUGUGUGUUUAUUAAAACCAUGGAUACACAUCAUCCAUGCUUAAUGUAAAUCUAAUCUUUAUAUUUUUUGAAAAUAUGAUCGAAAUAAAUGUUUUUAAAAAGUGGCGCGUUAAAUACUGUCAUAUCAAUCGGGUUUGCACGAGCAUGGCCCGAGCGAGUUGCCUGACGGUUCCGUUCUCGUCCUUCCGUAAAUCGUAAAUGAAAUGUGAAUACGUUGUCGCGUUGUCGCCAUUUUUCGGUUUUAGUUUACUGUUUUCUCGUUUGAUGCAUAGUAGUGUACAAUUUAAAAGAUGUUUCACGUUGUGGAGUUUGAUGAAGAUGGGAGUUUGGCAAUAAUUGUCGAUAAGUGGUAUACGCCAGAAAAGCGGAAUGUUCUUUGGCCACCAAAACAUUAUAAUUAUAACAAAGCGGUUAGACAUCUGUUGGACGCGGCUGGGGACUGGGACAAAUUUUCCGUAAAAAGGAAGUUCUACGAAACUGACAAUUUGGAAAUAGCAAAAAAUAAAUUAAAAGUGGCAGAAAACUUAAGUGAUGUUAAUACAGGGGAUGAGGCAGAUAAACGACAUGCUAAGAAGCCAAACAGACUUGAAAGCAGUGAUGAUGAAAUUUCGGAAUUUGACUAUGAAAGGCCCCCAAGAUUGUCAGUUACAACUUUAAAGAAACAAACAGUACAACAGAAGAUUUUGGAAAAUCUGGUUUUUUUAAAGGAACAAAACAAGGAAAUAAUUACUUUAUUAAAAACUAGACCAUUAGUAUCAGGGACCCAGAGCAUUACUACUUCUAUACCAAAAUUUCCCGUUGAUAUACCUUGUGUAGGUUUAAAUGAAGUUCAGAAACUUGAACAAUAUUUAGUUGACAAAGAGAAAUUCAAAGUUAUGAACAUGGAAAGCCGUGGCAAGAUGCCAGUUUCAAUAGUGAGGCAAAAAACUGAAGGUAUUGUGGUGGCCAAUCAAAAGAAGCAAUUAUUAGUAAAUAAUAAUAAUAAUAUGAACUCGUCGAAUGAAACUAGUUUUCAGGCUAGUAUUAGCGAGACGAACAUUUUAUUGGUCGAUGAUAUCAGAAGUCAGAGUUUUGAUAUAAUGACGACUCCGAUAGUAUUUCAGCAGAACCAGCUUUUAAAAAAUAGCACCUUAAAAACUACCACCCCAAAAAUCCAGAUGAAAUUUGAAGGUCCUAUCUCUGUACGUGAUGCAGAUCUACUAGAAUAUCCUAAGCUCCAAUCAAUGCGUAGCUGUAAAAAUAACAUGGACGUAACAAAACCAGAACAAAUUGAACCUUACAUCGUCGAAGUGGAUACAACUAUAAUCAGUUCAAAAUGUUAUGAUUAG